AUGCCACCAAAGGGAUGGAGAAAAAAUGCAGAAGGGCAAUACCCUCUGCAGAAGCAAGAUCUGGAUCUUGUUUCUAUAGACGAUAUCUUGUUUCCUCGUGCAACCGUGCAGAAAUUGGCAAAGGCUAUAUUAAAUUCCACUGAAGACGAAUCAGAGUCCAACUCAAUAAUGGCCAAGGAUUCCGUUAUUGCACUCCAGCGUUCUGCUACUGUUUUCGUUUCACACUUGAUGUUUCACGCGAGGAAAAUCUCGAAAGAAAGCUCCAGAAAGACUGUCAAUGCCCAGGAUAUCUUAGCAGCCAUCGAAAGAGCAGAGUUCCCAGGGUUUUUACCUGAGAUUAAGCUGAAGCUCGCCACAUUUGAGCAAAAUAGCUUGUUAAAGAGAAAUGAAAAGAAACUGAAGAAGGUGAGUGAGAAAAAGGAAGAGGAUGAAGCCAGCGGAGGAGAACAACUGUCCAAGAGACUAAAGGGUAACGGCGCAAAUGCUCAAGUAAAAAGAGACCCAGAAGACGAGCAAGAUGAAGACGACGAUGAAGAUGAAGAAGACGUGGAUAAUGACGAAACUGAUCCCAUCCCUGCGGAUGAUGAUGCUGAUGACGAAGAAGAUGAAGACGAAGAUGAGGAUGAAGCGAUUAGAACCCAAAAUCCAAUUACUCUUUUGGAGAGGGAGGAGAAGGAGCUCAAUCAAGAAGAAGGGGUAGAAGAAGAAGAUAACGCGGAGGAAGAUGAUGAAGAAGACGACGAGUAA